UUUCUUGUCCGUACCAGUUCGAAUAUGGCAGACUGCCAUUGGCAGGUAGCGAUUUCGGAACUUGGUAUUCAUUGUGAAUAUAGGAGUUUUAAUGCCGGCGAACUAACAAUAUGAAUCACAACGCGUUUUAUUCAUCACACGUGUGCAUGGUACAAAUAAGAAAGUCGGAACGACCAAAAUUUUAUCGAAUUGAUCUCUCAAACGGGUAGAUUUGACUUGACCAAAUAAAAGUGGGAGAAAUGGAUGGAACAAGAGCUGCAGAGGUUUUACCUUUGCUUCAAGAACGUCUGGCCAUUUUGCCAGGUGGUCGGGACCGUAGAGGUGGACCAGUACUUGUGUUUCCCACUACACCAAGACGUGAGAGAGCCAAACCUGAGGAUUAUCGUCGCCUUCUCCAAUAUUUAUUGACUGUACCCGGGGAUGAAGCUAGGGGUUUACGUUUCACUGUGAUUGUAGAUAUGCGUGGUGCUACUUGGGAUUCUGUUAAACCAAUAUUAAAGGUAUUACAUGAACAUUUUCAUCGAUCAAUUCAUGUUGCUUUUAUCAUCAAGCCUGAAAAUUUCUGGCAGAAACAACGGACGUCGCUGGCUAAACAAAAAAAAUAUAACUUCGAAAUAAACACCAUAAAUUUAGAAGCUUUGACAAAAGUGAUUGAUCCAUCGCAGUUGACAGCGGAUUUAGAUGGUUCACUACAGUAUGACCAUGCUCAAUGGAUCGAUACGAGAUUAGCUGUAGAAGAUUUUACAUGGCAGGCGGCUGAUCUUCUUGAUAGACUGGACGACUUACAGGAGGAUUUGAGUCGAAAUGAUUUUGCGGAUGAUGUGGCUGGAGCGAAACACGGAAUUGAUCUACAUAAUGAAAUGAAAAAGAAAAUUAUGAAAGUUCCAGUUGAAGAUAUUGAAGUUGUCGGACAACGAUUAUUACAACGUUUCGAUAACGGUAUAGCAGCGAACAGUGGUGAAGGUGGAAGUAUAGAGAGUGGAGCGACUGGUGGCACUGACCCCGAUGGACGAGCACUAGCAGCGUUAGUGAUUCAACAUUUAGAUUCUGUGCAUGCUGCACAACAGCAUCUUUUACAGUUAUGGCAUAUCAAGAAGAUGAAAUUGGAUCAAUGCUUUCAGCUGAGACUUUUUGAACAAGAUUGUGAAAAAAUGUUUGAUUGGAUUUGUCACAAUAGAGAAGGAUUUUUGGCAAAUUAUGUCGAAAUUGGACGUUCAUAUCAACUGGCUAAAAAUUUACAGGAAGAGCACAAACAUUUUACUAUGAGUUCUAUGAACGUUUACGUAAAUAUAAAUAAGAUUUUAACCAUGGCUAGUCGUUUGCUUGAAACUCAACAUUAUGCUGCCGGUCACGUGAGAGCAGUAGCUGGUCGACUGGAUCGGGCUUGGAAGGAAUUCGCGGCAGGACUCGAUGAACGUACUGCAGUUCUUAGUCUGAGUGUUGUAUUUCAUCAUAAAGCGGAACAAUAUGUCGAUAGUGUCGCAGGAUGGAGUCAAGCUUGCGAUGCUGGAAAUUUACCUAACGAAAUACCAAUUUUGGAGUCUCACAUACGGCAGCAUCAGACUCUUUAUGAAGCAAUGUGUCAAGCUUAUACAGAGGUAUAUGACGCGUAUCAGGCACUUUUGAGCGGACUAGGCUCAAUGCUGCAAGUUUGUCACGGCUUCGGUUCGACGCACGGUUCGAGCUCGGAUACAUUUUGCAUCGAUUAUGUGCAUAGUACCAGUAAGAAGCUUCUUUAUCAACUGGAUCAUCUCGUGCAAGUCUGUAAUCAGCCGCAAGGAAUAGACCAUACAACCAGAAAACAUAGUCAGGAUGGACAUGGCAUCGAUGGACACUCUGGUAUGAGCGGAAAUCCAGCGGCAGAUUAUAGCGAGGGUGCAUCUCAUGUAUUGUCGGUAAUCCAUCAAAUCUUAGGUCAUCAUAGAGCAUUGGAAGCUCGUUGGCAUGCUCGAAAAGUCAAACUACAUCAACGGCUUGCGUUAAGAUUAUUUCAAGAAGAUGUGAAACAAGUCUUGGAUUGGUUAACUAAUCACGGUGAAGUAUUUAUUAGGAAGAACACGGGUGUGGGUCGUAAUCUUCAAAAGGCGAGAGUUUACCAGAAAAGUCAUGAACAUUUUGAAAAUGUCGCACAGAAUACUUACACGAAUGCUACUAAAUUGCUUACCGCUGCGCAAGAAUUGGCACACACGGGUGAAUGUGCUGCUGAUGAAAUUUAUGCUGUGGCACAGGAAUUAGAGGCUCACGUUAGUAGUUUUGCAGCAAGAGUGGAACAACGCCGACGAAGAUUAGAUUUGGCUGUUGUAUUUUAUACACAUGAAAAAGAGUUAAGUGGUUGGGUUGACGAAUUGCGACAAGAAUUGCAACAAGAUGAGGUGGCAGAGAAUUUAGAAACAGCGGAAAGAUUAUUGGAACAAUGUGCACAACAUCGUGCUUCCUGCAUGGAAGCUUGUGCAUCAACUAUUGUUCAGGGCGAAGCGUUGCUUCGAGAACUCCGAGAGUCUACUGAUGCUCCUGAUACUACUGGAUCUAUAUCUGCGGUAGAAGCUGCAUUAGAUAGGUUAGCAGGUUUAAGACAGGAAUUAGAAGAUUUAUGGGCUACUAGAAAGUUAAGAUUGGAAUUGUGUCUACGGUUGCGCGUAUUCGAGAGAGAUGCAUUAGAAGCGAGCGGUCAGUUAGAGAUGUGGGCGCAGGAGCUGCAAGGUCCACCUAGAGAAGGUUCUCCUGAACAGUUAUUACGCGUACACAAUGAUGGUGUUGCACAUAUGCAGAAUACCGCUUUUCAGGUUCUUCAACAAGGUCAAGAACUUGCUCAGGUAUUAGAACAAGCAGGGGUUUGCAUAAUGGCAGAUGGACAACAUAGUGCUGCAUCUAGAGUACAAGUACUUCUUGAAUUCUUAAACGAAAGAGAAAUGGAUGCGGAAGAUUUAGCAGAGAUGAGAAGGGUGCGUUUAGAACAAGCUUCUCAGUUGGUUCAAUUGCAAACUGACGCUACACAUGUAGCCAAUUGGAUUCGCAAUGGAGAAGCUAUGUUGUUAGCUUCCUUAAGAGUUCCGGAAAAUCUUCAGGAUGCUGAACAGCUCCGUUUAGAACACGAACAAUUUCAAGUUGCUAUAGAAAAAACGCAUACUUCCGCUGUUCAGGUGAAACACAGAGCCGAUGCACUAGUGAGUGCGAAUCACUAUGAUCCAAAGAGUAUAAGAGAAGUAGCCGAGGAUGUAACUAAAAGGUGGCAACAACUUGUUACGUGUGCAGAGGAGAGGCACAAAUUGGUAACUGCUAGUAUUAAUUUUUAUAAAACGGCAGAACAAGUUCGUUCUGUAUUGGAUAGCCUGGAACGCGAAUACAAGAGAGACGAGGAUUGGUGUGCUUCUGGCGAGAAGGCAGCACAAGUACCAACACUUGUUGGCAAACAUCAAGAACAAAAGGAAGCAUUUUUGAAAGCGUGCACAUUGGUACGACGAACUGCGGAAACAUUUCUGAAAUAUACAAACCGCAGUCUUCAGUUUUAUAGUUAUCAGGCAAACAGCGCUGGUUCUGAGAAUAAAGUUAAAAGUAUAUUGGAAGAAUUACUAAGUAAGGAGAAUCGCGUAUUGGAGUAUUGGACACAACGUAAGAAGCGAUUGGAUCAGUGUCACCAGUAUGUUUUGUUCGAACGGAGUGCUAAACAGGCUCUAGAGUGGAUUAGAGAAACUGGUGAAUUGUAUUUAGCCACACAUACAAAUGUUGGCAAAAAUCGUAUUGAAAAUGAGCAAUUGUUGCGGGAGCACAAUGAAUUUAAAGGAGCUGCAAAGGAAACGAGAGAAAGAGUAAAGCUGUUGAUCCAACUUGCUGACAAUUUAGUGGAGAAAGGGCAUGCUCACGCGGCAGCGAUUAAACAGUCUGUUGCUGAAGUGGAUCAACGAUACAAGGAUUUCAGUACGCGUAUGGAUUGUUAUAAAACUCAAAUCGAAGAGGAUCUUGGAAUUCAGUCGGAUGAUGGUCAAAAAGAUCUUUCUAUAGAUCGCAAUUCCGAUCCUUUGCUAGAGGAAAAGAUCAAGGGAAAAGAUCUUAAAGAACUGAAUGAGGAAAAAAGAAGAUCGGCACGACGAAAGGAAUUUAUAAUGGCUGAACUGCUGCAAACAGAACGAACUUACGUAAAAGAUUUGGAAACAUGUAUUCGAUGUUUUUUGGAAGAAACAAGGUGUGGGAAAGGAAACGUUCCAUCUGGAUUACAAGGUCGAGAAUCUAUAAUAUUUAGUAAUAUGGAAGAGAUACACCAAUUUCAUAGUAACAUAUUUCUUCGUGAGCUCGAGAAGUACGAGACCAUGCCAGAAGAUGUUGGACAUUGCUUUGUGACAUGGGCACCUAAGUUUGACAUGUAUGUGACAUACUGCAAGAAUAAACCAGAAAGCAAUCAAUUGUUAGUUACUCAUGGUGGAACAUGGUUUGAAGAAUUACAGAGGAAACAUCGAGUUGAACAUCCAAUUGCUGCGUAUCUAAUUAAACCUGUACAAAGAAUAACGAAGUAUCAAUUAUUGCUCAAAGAUCUUCAGGCUUGUUGCCAAGAAGGACAAGGUGAAAUAAAGGACGGGUUGGAAGUAAUGUUAAAUGUGCCUAAGAAAGCAAACGAUGCCUUACAUUUGAGCAUGCUGGAAGGUUGUGAUGUAAGAAUAGAUACACUAGGCGAUGUAGUACUACAGGAUUCCUUUACGGUAUGGGAUCCUAAGCAAUUGAUUAGAAAAGGCAGGGAUCGGCACAUAUUCUUGUUUGAGUUGUACCUACUGUUUAGCAAAGAAGUGAAAGAUUCAGCUGGAAAGGUGAAGUACAUUUACAAAAGUCGUUUGAUGACUUCUGAGCUAGGCGUAACUGAGCACAUCGAGGGCGACGAAUGCAAAUUCGCGGUUUGGACAGGUCGAGCACCGACCAGUGAUACACGUGUGGUUCUUCGAGCUAAUUCGAUGGAUGCCAAGCAACUGUGGGUGAAAAGACUACGCGAAGUUAUUCAGGAAACAUAUUUCAGUUUAAGCAUGCCGAAGAGUCCCGCGAAAAAGAGUUCGAGUCAGCGUUCUAGCAGAGAUCUCGAAGAAUGCGCUUCUUUGGAUGAUAGUGUUGAAAAUUUGGAUAGAAAUUCCUUGGCAUCGUUUGGUUCCACCAAUACUACGGACUCGGAUAAGACUGGCAUAGCUGAAGUGACCUGGGUUAUUGCUGAUCACUCUGCGACACCUGGUUCAAAAGAGUUAACGGUAACAAAGGGUCAACAAGUUGAAGUAUUGGAGAAUGGAAGCAACAUUAGCGGUGUAAAUACUUCCGAAUGGACCCACGUGCGUUUACUAGUUGCUCCGGGGCAAGUCGAUCCACCGCCAGAAGGCUUGGUUCCUACGAGUGCGCUUAAACAGCCUCCACCGGUUUCUAGUAAAACCUCACCGUCUAGAAAAAUUCCAGGCCAACAAUAUCAACAGCUGCAACAGCAAUCACAGUCAAAUUAUCUUCAACAGUCGAGCAGUCAAAUUCAAACAGCCGCGUCGAGCGGUGGAAUCGUGACCUCUGCAUCACCAUCAUCCUCCACUACAGGAACAGCGGGAUCUUCAUCGUCGGUAACAACAGGCAUAACGACGAGUGGAUUAUCCAUUCAAAAUGUGUCGACACAUAUAUUGCCAGACGAAACAGAAAAUGUUAUCGCGAAUGAUGGAAGUGGUCCUGCGAAUACAAAUUCUCCAGGAAACAAAAGACGUGGCUUUAGCGGGAGAAAGUGGUUACCUCCACCAUUGCGUAAACUUAGUCAAGGUAAAGUUGAGAAAUCACAACCGACAUCGUCACAAUCGACACCGACAGUUACAUCAACCGUAAUCUCGAAUGUGUCAUCGUGUGAUCGGUCUUCCUUGAAAAAGAACACCUCGGAAAAACGAUUUAAAUUACCGAGUGGUACCGAACAGUCUCGACCUUCAAGAACCACACCUGUUUCGAUCUCUAUGUUAACAACCGCAACUGCAUCUAUGCGUGUGUCUACUUCUGCUUCGGAAGCGGAUCUUGAUACCGAACUUCAGCCAGGAAUUGAAAUAAAAGAAGAGGAAGGAGAAACCGAACAAUCAGAGCCUGAGUUGGAAGAUGUACCAGAACCCGAUGAUACUGAGACUUUAACUUAUUCGGAGCAAAAUGGAGCAGACGAUGCUGAAGAUGAAUUGGAACUUCCACCUCCGAUGAAACCCAUCACUGAACCUAUACUUGUAGGAACUGCUAACGGAGCAUCGGGAUCUGCAAUUACGACAGAAGGCUGUGCAAAAUCUCGAACGACUGAACGUUCAACGAAAAUUCUUGACGGUGCUACGACAGCUGAUUUAGCUGAGAUUGAACAGAUCGUAAAAGAAAGGAUGGAACAACAUACGGAAAAUCUAGAGCGACAAAGCCUAAUGCGAACACCUAGUAGUAAAAGUUCGAAUAUUGGUAUCGAUGGGGAUGAUGAUUACGAGGAAGGUAGUCUGUCGACUACAAUAACGAUUGCUGCUACGACAAUUACAACAACGUCAACAACAAUGAGAGCACCUACAGCGGUGGUGACUGUACCGGCGAUAGCAAUGACAACGUUGACGACAACGAUGACAACGAUGACAACGAUGACGACGACGACGAUGACGACGAUGACGACGUUAGUGACGACGACGACGACAACAACAACGAUGAAAACAGCAACAACGAGUAGCCCUGCUCACGGAAAUGCAGAGGAGUGUGAUCCGGAAAGUGCAGUGCUUGCGAAACGACAGUUCGUUAUCCGAGAAUUGGUGGAGACAGAAAAAGAUUAUGUAAAUGAUUUAAAGCAAAUAGUCGAAGGAUAUAUGUCGUUAAUGCGAGAUCCUGAGUUUGAAGUUCCAUUGCCGGAUGACUUGCGUGGAGGAAAAGACAAAAUGGUUUUUGGCAACAUAGAAGCAAUCUACGAAUGGCAUAGAGAUUUCUUUCUGAAAGCUUUGGAACGUUGUCUGGAACGACCGGAAGAACUUGGCCCGUUAUUUAAACGAUACGAAAGGAAAUUGCACAUAUAUGUUGUUUAUUGUCAAAACAAACCAGUUUCCGAGUAUAUUGUCUCUGAGUAUAUAGACACGUAUUUCGAGGAUUUAAGACAAAAACUGGGGCAUCGAUUACAAUUGUGUGAUCUUUUGAUUAAACCAGUUCAAAGGAUCACAAAAUAUCAACUUCUUCUCCGAGAAGCAUUAAGACUUACCGAACGAACUCAAAAAAUGUCGGAGAUUGAAGGACUUCGAGCUGCAGUUGAUGUGAUGCGUAUUAUUCCAAAAGCAGCUAAUGAUAUGAUGGAUGUUGCAAGACUUCAAGGUUUCGAUGGAAAGAUUACAGCACAAGGAAAAUUACUGUUGCAUGGACCACUCUUAGUAUCGGAAUUUUCAUCUAAUUUACCAAGCAAAGAAAAAGAGUGGCAGGUCUUCCUUUUCGAACAGAAUAUUAUAUUUAGCGAAGCUGUUGGCAAAAAAACACAAUUCACGAAUCCGGUCUAUAUUUACAAGGCUCAUAUUCAGGUGAAUAAAAUGAGUUUAGAAGAAUGUUACGACGAACCGGAAAAAUUUAUAAUUCGAUCGACGGAUCCUCGAAAACCUGGCCUUGGAUUCUUUUGUAGAGCAGUAGAAGAAAAUGGGCCGCGAAAGCAGGAGUGGAUACAUACGAUCACUAUCAUUCUGCAGACCCAACGUGACUUCCUGAAGGCGAUACAGUCGCCAAUUGCCUACCAAAAGGAACUUACCAAAGAUCCAGUUCGUGGCGUGAGUCCGGAUUCUCCGUGUCGAGGGAGUAUACCUUCCACGAUUUCAUCAACUAUACCGAACAUGUCUAAAACAAAUGAAGAAGGGAGAAAUGAAAUUGCUGCUGCUACGUCUUCUACGGCUUCGAAAGCAGUAGCUACAGCUACAGGAGCGACAGCUACGACACCUUUGCAACGACCUUACACUGGAGGCUCGGAUCAGGAUACUUGGCAAACUUCAAGCCCUAGCAAAAGCAGAUUAAAUUUUCUCGAGGGAUUCAGGAGCACCCUUCGACCUCGCUCGCCUGUUCGUAACAACUCUAUCCCGAUCGUUCCAGGAAGCAGAGUAAGAUUAACCGCAGAUUGGGGCAAAUUACACGCUGGAGAAGAAUUGGAGAUAUUCCGUGUGGACGGUCCAGGGCUAAUCGUCUCUCCAGUAGUUGGGAAAAAGGAGGAAUUCUGGAUUCCGGCGAGUCUCGUUCCAAAUUCAUCGAUCAGCCGUGCAUGGUCUUUUCGUCCGCGAAGAAUCGAUUCCGAGGGAGAGAACGUCCGUCUUCCGCAGGAUAUGCACGCGGAAGAGAACGGUCCUCCCGCGAUCUUGACUAUUCCGUGUUCGAUCAGGGCGACGGCCGGUGGCGUGGCUCGACUCGUACUGGAAGCUCGUCGCGUGGAACGUGCAGUCGUCCGUUGGAGAAAGGAGGGACAACGAUGUGACAUCGAGAGAAACGAUCGAUAUCGACUUUUCCGAACGAACGAUUCCCUUUGUCUCGAAAUUGCUCCUUGCCUUCCCUCUGAUUCCGGGAUUUACCACUGUCGCGUCGAACAUGAAACGGGUUCUUGUUCAGCAAAAAUUCCCCUUCGUAUCGUAGGUAUCGAUAAAACAAACGUUUGGUGCGAUGCGAUCGAAUGCAAUCGAUCGAACGGAUUUGCAACAAAGGAACCAUCGUCGAUUGUUUUGCUGCCGAAUUUGAGGAAAAGAGCAACGAAAGAUAUAGAAGCUGAACAAUUUAUUAGUAAAUAUAUCGAAUUGGAAGAAUUAGGAGUCGGUAGAUUCGCUAGAGUAUGCUGUGCAAUGGAGAAAGGAUUUGACCGAGAAGUAGCGCUGAAGCAAAUAUCCCGUUUAAAACAACCAUUAUUGCUAACACGAGCGGAGUAUGAUCUUCUUAGAAGCAUACAUCAUGACAAUAUCGUUCGAGCGUUUGCGCUCUUCGAGGAUGCACCUCAACCGGAUAUCGAUACUAUCGUUUUGGAGCUGGUCAAAGGUCCGACGUUGUUCGCGUAUCUCGGUGAACAAAUCGAAUAUACGGAAGCAACUGUUGCAAGAUACACCAGUCAAUUGUUAUCAGCGUUACAAUGGCUUCACUCGCGUAAACGUGCUCAUUUAGAUCUAAAACCGGAAAAUGUUCUGGUCGAUGACGAAAGUGGUGUGGUAAAACUGAUCGAUUUUGGUGAAGCUGUCAGAGCAGUACCGCUCGAUGAAGUCGUUCCUCCCGUUGAUUUAGAAUUUGCCGCCCCAGAAUCAGUUCUCGGUAAACCAACAGGAUCUUAUACGGACAUGUGGGCUGCCGGUGUCUUUCUUUAUGCACUGUUAAGUGGGCUUUCGCCCUUCCUGGACGAUUCUAUCGAAGAAACUACCGCAAAUAUACUCAAGUGUGAUUUUUGUUUCCCUGACGAAUAUUUCAAGGAGAUAUCGGACGAUGUGAAAAAUCUUCUUGAAACGUUGCUACAUUUACGUGGCGAAGACAGGGCAACCGCCCAAGUAACUUUAUCAUCACCUUGGUUUAAGAUAUCGAUUGGUGCAACAAUCCCUUCUUCCCGAAUGCUUGCAUUUAUCGACCGUCGUGCUCACCGCUCAAAAUCUCACCAGGAUCGGAAUAGUAGUUUUUAUUCUUGAAUCAGUAUCGUUCGCAAAAGACAUAUUUAUUGAUUAAUAAUAACUCUAAAAGCUACCGGCCAAACUCGACCGAUUGUAAAUAAUAAA